UAACGGUUUGAGCAGUGGUCAGUUGGGCGUGGUCCCUUCGUCACGAUGGCUGCUGUUUCGAUGUUUGGUUACUUGUGCUACCUGGUGCUAGUGGGACUGAUAGGUAUUUCGGUGAAAUACCUGUACAGUAUCCGGUUUGCCUGGCGAAUCCCGUUGGCUCCGUCGGCCAAGCGAUACACGGCCCACACGCGGUACUUUUUCGGCCAGGACACGCAACGGGCGUUGCAUACCAUGAUCAGGUUCUGCACUACGCCGCUGCGGAUCGCCCGGCUCCAGAUAGGACCGACUCCGGUUAUUCUGCUGCUACAUCCGGAUGUGAUUCAGAAGGUGCUUUCGAGCAACGAGAUGUACAGCAAACCGUUUAUUUACGACUUGAUGCAAAUCGGGCGAGGAUUGAUCUCGGAACGAGAUGGAGCCUACUGGAAGAAGACUCGUAAGGCGGUGAAUCCCUCGUUCAGUCCCAAGAUUCUGGCCGGGUUCGUGCCCCGAUUUGAUUCUCGAGCGCAAGCUCUGGUCAACAGGCUGCGCCCGGUUGCGGACGGGACUACCGUGAUCAACAUCCUGGACUACGCGGCACAGUGUACGCUGGAGAUGGUCUUCUCGACGACGCUCGGGUCCAAGCUGGAGGAGCUUCCCGGCGAGCGGGAAUACACGGAGUAUCUGGAACGCAUCCAAAAUAUUCUAGGAAAGCGAUUGCUGAACUACGAGAACUUCCUGGACCUGAUCUACAAGUUUACGGAUGCUUAUCGACAGGAGAUGAGCUAUCGCAAGAUUGUUAAUGGAUUCGUAGACAACAUAAUCGAAGCACGUCGACAGAAACUUCGCGAUUCAAACAACAACAACAACACCGAUUCUGAAGAUGAUUUGGACAGCUGCUUCACGGCAAAUAUUUUCCUUGAUGAAAUUUUUAACAUCCGAUUCAAUGGCAAGCCAUUGGAUGAUAAAGAAGUUUCGGACCACAUGUAUACCAUGAUUGCAGCAGGCAACGAAACGUCUGCACAAGCCUUUUGCUACGUAUGUCUGAUGCUUGCUCAAAACCCAGACGUCCAGGAUAAGGUCGUAACCGAGCUACGUGAGGUACUCCCACCCCGCGGCGAACCGCUCACCCCCGAAGCCCUCAAAAACCUGGAGUACACUGAGCGUGUGAUUAAGGAAACCCUUCGACUGUUCCCAGUUGCGCCGUUGGUGUCCCGUCAAACCACGAGCCCCAUCGAGCUGGACGGAUUCCACAUCCCUCCCGGCCAAAUCCUGGCGAUGAACUUUUACACCUUGCACCGGCGGCCGGACGUCUGGGGUCCGGAUCCGGAACGGUUCGACCCGGACCGGUUCCUGGUGGACGCAGUCCGUGAGCGGCAUCCGUACGCCUAUCUGCCGUUCAGUGGAGGCUUCCGGAUCUGCAUCGGGCACAAGUACGCGAUGAACGCGCUGAAGGCGAUGCUGGCGAGGGUGUUGACGGAGUUCGAGAUUCGGACCGACAUCCGGCAGAGUGAUAUGAAGUUUAGAUUCGAGCUUUCGAUGAAGCUUGUGGGACCGCACGCGGUGACGUUGAGUCGAAGGAGUCUGUUGUGA